ACUGCACUGAGCUGGUAACACCAAUCCCACUAGUUUGCCGGUCACCAUAUAUUUCCGAACAAAAAAUCGAAUUGACACUUGAAAGAGGGGAAAAUCGAUCGGAAAUGGAGCUCGAACUAGACGUGGUUGACUCGCUGCAGGCCCUGGCCUAUGAAGGCCCCUGCCUGCAACAGGAGAACCUUAGCCGAGCGCUGGACGCUGGAAUCGGGAGCCCCGACCUACGGACCGUCAUCCAUUGGCUGGCCCACGAACUGCAUGUGCUUCGAAAGACGGAUGAGCGUGUCAGCUCCGGCAGCGGGGAUCACGACGAGUUCACCUUCGAACUCUCCCUGCUGCUGACCGAACUGGGUUGUCCCUAUCGCGGCCUUGUUUCCGGUGCCAUGGAGGAAAGAUUCCGAAGCAGGCAGAUGCUAGUACAGUUGCUGGAGUACCUUACCUCCGAGCUAAUGACAACAAAGAUGGUGCUGAAGGCGCAGCCCGUCGGUCCGCCCUGCAAACGGAGCAAGGCUAGUGGCUCCAAUGUGCAGCAGGUUGUGGAGCAGCUGGCCAAGGAUCUGCAGCUUGGUGAGUUGCCCCAGAAUAUAACCACCAAGUGGCUGUUCGAGCAGAUUACGCCCCGUCUGGACCAGAAGCUGAAGCAGACCAAUCGACUGGUUGUCAGCGAGCCGCUGCUGAAGGUCAAGAAGCCUCUGACCGAUGCACAUUGGCGCCUUCUGGAGUCCAUGCAUCGCGAGCUGGAGGCGGAGUAUAAUCUACGCCGGCAAAUGAUGACCACGCGACUGGAGGCCACCGUGCAAAGCUUCCAGUGGUCUGAAUCGAUGCGCCAGCGUGCAAACGAGAUAACAGAGCGGUUCCAGCGUAAGAUGCGGGAGCUUGAUCAGUUCAGAGUGGGUGGCGAUCAAACCGACCUGGUGGCCCUACUGGCGGCUCGCUCCGACUUGGCCAUUAUUGAGAAGACUAGCUCGGCGAAUGUGCGCAAGAAUACAGCUUCCAAGAUCCAAAAGCAUGUGAUGGGACACGUUCCGGAUCGCGGAGGUCGGGCCAACGAGCAUGCUCCGCCACCCCCUGAGAUGCCCUCUUGGCAGCAGCAGAGAGCUGGUGCUCCACCGGGAGGCGGACGUGGUGGUGGUGGCAACUACAGGGGAGGUCGUGGAGGAGGCGGUGGAGGAGGAGGCGGCGGCGGAGGAGGAGGAGGCGGCAACUGGCAACAACCUCAGCAGCAACAACAGCAAUAUCAGCAGCAGUAUCAGCAACAGCAUCAGCAGCAGUACCAGCAGCAACAUCACUCUCAACACCACGACCAACGCGAUCGAAGUCAUGAUAGGAACGACCAGCAAUGGAUUGGCGGCAGUGGACGUGUACAGGGACAAGGAUGGAACGGAGGAGGACGUGGAGGCGGGCGUGGCGGACAUGGUGGACGCGGGGGUCAUCGAGGCGGCUAUCGAUAAGUGUCGAUACAUGAUUUGAAGCCAGCAAAUGGGAGACCUAUAACGACUGAAACUUUUAAUUUACUCUUGUGCGCUCACACACAACCCAGUUUAAUUUAUUGCCAAACCGCAUGAAUGUGUUUAUAAUUGCAAAUGGACAGUCAUUUAAAAAAUAUAAACUAUAUAUGUCAUCUCUGUGCCAGCAAA